GAAUUCACAUGAAAGUAUGUGAGGAAAUUGACCCUCUUACACAUGUCUGAGAUGAGUUGGAGUCAACUCUGCGGAGAUUUCAAUGACAACAACAGUCCAAAGCUUCAGCAAGUUGAAGACUACAGCAAUUGCUCUCUGAGUAAUAAUGAUGAAGAAAUCAUUCUCAAAGAACUUGAUCUGAAUAAAUUGGAUGACCACAGCAGUGGAGUUGAACUUCAGAUAACAAACCUUGACAGAUCUAUUCCACCAGAGCAGAUGAGAAAAAUUCUCAUCUUACAGUUUAGAGAGUUCGUAACAGUGAAAGAGUUAAAUAUAAGCUUCUUGUCAGAUGGUAAACCUCAGGCUAUAGUGAAGCUUGAAAACCAACAAUCAGCACAGCUAGCAAUAUUUCGGCUACACCGUAAGAAGUUAGGUCACAAGAGAAUAUAUUUGGCUUACAGAACUAAAAUCAGUCUAAGCUCGUUGAAGAGUAAAGUAGCUUCUGUUCUACUGAGUAUUCCUGGAGGAAGAAUACACCUCAUGAAGUUCAGAGAACUCUAUGAUAAAAGGUUUAACAGCUCCAUUCGCAUCACUGACCUACAUCAGAUGAAGGAUCUAUUAUAUAUCAUUGAAGAUAUAUCUGGGAAAAUUAUUCAGUUUAAUCCCAAUAUCACAGCAGUUGACAAACUUAAAGGACUAGAGUCUUUUUAUUGUUGCAAGCACUCACCUGCAAAAAACCUUGGGGAUGAUGAUGUAAGCAGUAAACCUUUAUUUUAUCUAAAUAUAUCACUUAAAGACGUUAGCUGUGAUAUCAACCUUUUAUUGAAGGAGCAUGACGGUAGAAUCCCAUUAUCAAGUUUAUCAGACUGUUACCAACAUAUGUUUCCUGAAAGGGAACAGGAAGGAGACCAAGCAGUUCCUCUUCUACACCUCAUCACAUGUAUCAAAGGUGUAAAGGUGAUAAAAGAUGAAUCUGCAAUGAAAAGUUUGGUUGAGAUCUCGGUUCAAGCAUUGACUCCUGCAGUUAAUGUUGAGGAGGUCUACUCACAGCAGCUUGCAAACCAAUUCUCUUUGUUGUCCAGAGAAUUAGUCGAUCUUCUUAAGACCUGGCCUGGCUGUAGGAUGCCAUUCAACAAGUUUAUUCCAGCCUUUCAUCAUUACUUUGGAAGACAGUGCCGUGUAGCAGAUUAUGGGUUUACUAAACUCCGAGAUCUUUUUGAGGCUAUGCCACAUGUAGUCCAUGUACUAGGAGAGGGAUCAAAAGCAGUUAUAACUCUCUCGAAGAAAGCCCAGAUUCGAAGGUUUACCUCAGACAUUCAGAAGAUUUUAAAACUGGAACCAGAGAAACACGUUUUACUAAGCGAUCUCCCAAUGAAGUUUGUAACAGUCUACUCAAGACCUUUCAAAAUCAGCGACUAUGGAGUGUGUAAUGUUUCUGAUAUGUUGGAAAUGUUACCAGAAAAAACAUUUAAGAUAUCAUUUAUAAGAGAGAAUAAGUUGAAAGGAAUUCUGCAGAUUGGAGCAGAAGAAGAAAACAUGAUCAUCGCUCUUCCAAGGGGUAUACAGGGUGGUGAUCUAAUCCUCUGCUAUCUUGGAAACUUUCUCAUGGAUAAAGGUGGGGGCGAAUGUCUGUGCAACUCUCCUAUUAAUGGUGACCCAGACAUGCCUAGUGGUUUCCACUAUCAUCGGGAAUUGAUCGGAGCAAGGAAUGAUUUCUGGAUGUGCUGUUAUAACCAGGCUAGCAAGGUCAGCGUAGGUAGAUCCACGGAUUAUAACAGGGAUGAGGUUGAAACUUUCUCUGACAUCUACAGAUUUCACAGGAGAAAGCAUAUGUGCCUGUGGAUUGAGGCUGAAGAUCAUGCCUUUCAAAAUGGUGGAGUAGAUGGUCAUACAUGGGCAAGAAGGUAUGUUGAUCCUUUGAGGGUGAACGAAACUGACUGGGCUAGCCUGGCAGGGUCAACAUACAGAUAA